AUGGCGACCGGCGGGCGGGCGACGUCAAAGCGGGGAUGGAGCGAGCGCGCCGCCGACGCGCGUCUCCGGGAGGCGGGAGCGGCGCGCGAGGCCGCGCGUGCUGCCGGCGCUGCUGCCGCCUCCCGGCGCUGCGGGAGCCCCGUCCGGUCACGGGAGGCGGCCCGGCCCCCCCCCCCCGGCUGCCCUCCGACGGGGCGGGCGGGGGAAGCGGCCCCGCUGACGGCCCGCCGUUCUCUCCGCCGCAGCGCCGAAGGAACGACGCCGCGAUCCGGACGGGCGCUGGCGGAGCGCCGCCGUCCCGCCGGCUCGGCUGGAGGCGCCGCGGCCCCGGCUGGGAGCGGGGGGCGGAACGGCGGAGCGCGGAGCCCCGGGAGCGAUGGGUCCGAGCCGCGGCGCGACAGCGGCGGGAAGGCGGAGCGGGGCCCGCGCGGCGCCGGAGCGGAGGCGGCCGGGAGAGCCGUGCGGGACGGCGGAGCCAGGAGCAGCUCCGUAGGGAGUGACGGAGGGAGCGCCCGCAGCAAGAGGCGGAGGACGGCGCGGGGCCGACGGGAAGUGGAGCGCGCUGACGCUCACGCCGGGGCGGGCAGCGAAGAGCCGGCCGCGGCUGGGCGGGACGGCCGCCGGGAGCCGCACGCAGCGCCCGCGGCUCCGGGAUCGCGGCGCGUCGCGGCCGGGCUCCGCGCGGGUCCGGCGCUGGGAGCGGCCGCGGAUCGGGCGGCGGGGCGGCGGGGCGGGGCUGCGGCGGCGCCCGCUGUGCGAGGCCGGGGGAGAAACGGCGGCUGGAACGCGGGGGGACAGCCGGGGGAUCCGGGAACGCGGCGCUCCAAACCCGGACCCGAAAUGGAUGCCGACGGCUUGCGGCCUGCGGACAACGAGAGCUUCACGGCAGCUGAGAUACAGCGAGAAGAAGCUGUCCCACGGGCACAGGUGGAUAGGAGGAAAACGAGUCCGUAUUUUUCAAGUAAAUACAGUAAAGAAGCUCCCAGCCCGCCUAGGAGGAAGGCCUUCAGAAAAUGGACUCCUCCACGCUCCCCUUUUAAUUUGGUCCAAGAAACACUUUUCCAUGAUCCGUGGAAACUUCUCAUUGCGACCAUAUUUCUCAAUAAGACUUCAGGUAAAAUGGCGAUCCCUGUGCUCUGGGAGUUCCUCAGGAAGUACCCUUCCCCUGAAGUAGCCAGAACUGCAGACUGGAAAGAAAUGUCGGAGCUGCUCAGACCUCUCGGCCUCUAUGCACUCAGAGCAAAAACUAUAAUCAAGUUUUCAGACGAGUACCUGAACAAGCAGUGGAAGUACCCCAUUGAGCUGCACGGAAUCGGGAAGUACGGAAAUGACUCCUACAGAAUCUUCUGCGUCAAUGAAUGGAAAGAGGUGCAGCCUCAGGACCACAAGUUGAACAUCUACCACACUUGGCUCUGGGAAAACCAUGAGAAGCUGAGCGUGGACUGAGCACAGCCUCCACGUGUGCCAGCAGUGGGCUGCGCAGCGUCGGCGCUGUGCUGAACAUCACGUUCUUGGUUUAUAUGUUGGUGUGACACCAGCUCAGAUAAUCACUGUAAUAAAAUGUUCAAGUGCUUUAAAGGUUUUUAAUAAAUAUAUCUAACUUUUUGUAGCA